AUGGACACACCUUCGUUCUUCAUGAGACAGUCCGAUAAGGAAACAUCGUCGACAUACUUCCACAAAUUCGUCUCAGGAAUGGGUAUAGAUUAGUCAUUAAUCGUGAUGAGAAAGAGCAUAGAACCCACUUAAGUUCCCUGGGGCAGAUGGGCAUUGACUGGCAGCCAAUCUGAAAACACCUGUCCAACUUCAACACGUCUUCGGUUUAAGACGAAACCGGUGAUCCAUGGUAUAAGACAUCAUCUAAGGCCAAACUCUACCAGUUUUCUAAUCAGCCUGUUGAGACCAACAGGGUCAAAGGCUUACAAAAAGUCCAAGAACCAAAGUCGGAGGUGUUUAUUAGGUGAAUCCAGUUAAGACAACCUGGUGUGCAUCAUGUUGAGGAGGGAAAACACGGAGGAUGUACUUGUAACUGGUUAAGAGUUAAUCUUAUGCCUGACAUCAUCAAUCACCCACGUAACCACAAAAGCCUCUAAAACCUUUGAAAGGGCGUUAGACAUAUAGGUCUGAUAUCACCUUCAGUUGCAGGAGACUGGGUCUUUGGGAUGGCGGAUUUCCCACAAUUUCCUCAGUGAUGAUUUGUCGCAAGAUGUUGACAGGGAAGAAGAGCAGGCACGUGUUUCUUUAAACGGGAAUGCUUUAAGACCUUUUGUUUGUUUGUUCUGGAAACAAACGUCAGCUAAAGCAUGAUGAUUUGGACAACAAUACAGUAUGUUUUCUGUGUUUAGAUAGAAGUAUCUCUGUUCAUGGAAGUCAAAGGGGGGAAAGUGUCUGGCCCCAAAAUCACUCUAUUUAUUCUACCACCAAGAUGGACAAAACAAAACACUGAAGAGUUGCGUGCAGGUUUAUAUAAACAGAAAGCACAGCGGUAGAGAACACAUCAUAAAGCAAUUAUACUACAAACACUAUACAAGAAGGAAUGGGUUGAAUUAAUGACAGCCAUUAGUCUCCUCUUAUUGAUGAAUACCCAAGUGGGCAAAACAGGCAGCCAAAUGCAUUAUGUAUUUGGCCGCCGAUGUGGAAGAUAAAGGUAAACUGGUAGCUAUCGCGUGCUUAUAUUUUGGGGAUCAGCAAGAAUAAGACUGACAUUAUUUUGAAUUUGCAGCCUGGUAACUAUUCAGCCACUAUUCACCUCCAUUUCAAAGAAUAAUUGUUGAGUAACAUGUAAGAGGAUUGGACAAUGAAACUGUGGUGCUUGAUGAAGAAUAAUAUUGUCUGAUAAUAUUAUUGUACAGAAAACAUACCAUUCAUCAAGCACAUUGUUUUCCCUUCUUCUUAGUCUAUUAAAGGGAGAAUACUAUAGUGUCGACUGUGAUGGUCCUGCAACAAACGACCCAACUGAUGAUCAUGUCAUGGUGGAAGUUCCUAUGA